CCCCCCCCGAGGGAGGAAUGGUUCGCCCAGAGGCCGGGCUCUGCCUCUGAGGGCCGGGGGCCGCCAUUUUGUCAGCGGCAGGAAAGGAAGGUGGAGGCGCCCGGAGCCCCCUCGCCCCGUGUAAGGCCCCCCUGGCCCGUAAAAUCCAGCAAAGAUGUCUGAAUACAUCCGUGUUACUGAGGAUGAGAAUGAUGAGCCCAUUGAGAUCCCUUCAGAGGAUGAUGGCACUGUGCUGCUAUCCACAGUUACUGCCCAGUUCCCCGGAGCAUGUGGCCUGCGUUACAGGAACCCAGUGUCUCAGUGUAUGAGAGGAGUCCGGCUAGUGGAAGGGAUUCUGCAUGCUCCAGAUGCUGGCUGGGGAAAUCUCGUCUAUGUUGUUAAUUAUCCCAAAGAUAACAAGAGGAAAAUGGAUGAAACAGAUGCCUCAUCAGCUGUGAAAGUAAAACGAGCAGUACAAAAGACAUCUGAUUUAAUAGUUUUGGGUCUUCCCUGGAAAACCACUGAACAAGAUCUAAAGGAAUAUUUCAGUACAUUUGGAGAAGUUCUCAUGGUGCAGGUUAAGAAGGACAUUAAGACUGGUCACUCAAAGGGAUUUGGUUUUGUUCGAUUUACGGAGUAUGAAACCCAGGUGAAAGUGAUGUCUCAACGACACAUGAUAGAUGGAAGAUGGUGUGACUGUAAACUUCCUAAUUCUAAGCAAAGUCCUGAUGAACCUUUGCGUAGCAGAAAGGUGUUCGUUGGGCGCUGCACCGAGGAUAUGACUGCAGAUGAGCUCCGGCAGUUCUUUUCUCAGUAUGGAGAAGUGGUAGAUGUCUUCAUCCCCAAACCCUUCAGAGCUUUUGCUUUUGUUACAUUUGCAGAUGAUCAGGUUGCCCAGUCUCUUUGUGGAGAGGACUUGAUCAUUAAAGGAAUCAGCGUACAUAUAUCCAAUGCUGAACCUAAGCACAAUAGCAAUAGACAGUUAGAAAGAGGUGGAAGAUUUGGUGGUAAUCCAGGAGGCUUUGGGAAUCAGGGUGGAUUUGGUAAUAGCAGGGGGGGAGGAGGUGGUUUGGGGAACAACCAGGGCAGUAAUAUGGGUGGAGGGAUGAAUUUUGGAGCAUUUAGUAUCAACCCUGCUAUGAUGGCGGCAGCCCAGGCAGCAUUGCAGAGCAGCUGGGGAAUGAUGGGCAUGUUAGCUAGUCAACAGAACCAGUCUGGGCCAUCAGGAAACAACCAACCUCAAGGCAACAUGCAAAGGGAGCAGAACCAGGGUUUUAGUUCAGGAAGUAAUUCUUACGGAGGAUCUAACUCUGGAGCAGCAAUAGGUUGGGGGUCAGCAUCAAAUGCAGGAUCAAGCAGUGGGUUUAAUGGAGGCUUUGGUUCAAGUAUGGAUUCCAAAUCAUCAGGCUGGGGAAUGUAGACAGUGGGCUCUGAUACUGACUCUAUGGUGGGAAAUCAAAUUUUUCUAAACUCAUGGUAAGUAUAUUGUAAAUUGCAUAUAUACUAAAAUUUUCCUGAUCAAUUUGUUCAAUGUGCAGUAUAUUCAACAGUAUUUUUGACAUUUUUCUUUUGUAAAAAGAAAGGUUAAAGGAAUUUUAUAAGUUUUGUUACAUAAUUUGUUGGAAUAUUGAAUGAUUGAAAGUGAACUGCUGUUUGCCUGAUGGGUAAACUAACACACUACAGUUGAGAGGAAGGGUUUCUCCUGUAAUAUUUUAUUCCAUGUUUCCUGGUUAGCUGAAUUCUUUGCAUGUUCAAAAAGGAAACCAUUGGUCAGAAACUACAUUCUUUCUUUUCCUCUUGUUUGUUUUAAUUUGAUCCCCACCAUAAGAAUCUCUCCAAAUGCCCCAGUUGGAGAACGCAGCGUCGGUGUUGUUUUUUGUUUGUUUGUUUGUUUUCCUUUUAACACUGUCUCCCCUCAUAUACUAAGUACAAUAUGAAGGCUUCAUUUAAUCUCUGCAGUUCAUCUCAUUUCAAAUGUGUAUGGAAGAAGCACUUAGUUGAAAGCAGUGCUGUAAAUAUUCUGCUUUAGGAAUACUUCUGUCUACAUGCUUUCUCAUCCAAGAAUACUUCAUCACACUGCACAUGCUACGUCUUAGACGGUGGGUGUUCCAUUUUUAUCCGCUACUCUUUAUUUCAUGGAAUCGUAUCAACGCUAUGAACGCAAGGCUGUGAGAUGGAACCAGAAGGCUGUUUGAACUUUUGAAACCUUGUGUGGGAUUGAUGGUGGUGCCGAGGCAUGAGAGGGCUGGUAUGUGCGAGAAAAAGGAGAGAGCGCAUGCAGAGACCUGGUGGUGCAUUAUGGGAUUUUAUUUUACUUGGCGAGAUGUCUCUCAAUCCUGUGGCUUUGGUGAGAGAGUGUGCAGAGAGCAAUGAUAGCAAAUAAAGUACGAGUGUUUCUUGCAUUCAAAGGACAUCCAUAUCUGGAAGACUAAAUGGGUUUUAUACCUAGUUAACCAAUUAGUUGAAUGUGUUAAGUGAAAUGAAUAUCUGUAUUUUUUUUUCCUUAUGUCAACUGCUGUGAAUGUUGUAUGGUGUGUGUUCUUUUCUGUUAAUGAUAUGUAAGUGUGGUAAUGUGAAUCGAAGAUGAUGGGGUUUGUGACGAGAACAUUGAGUUUGUGGUGUGCUUUGCGGUAGUUGUAGCAGAGUUCACUAGCGAGCUCAGUGUGCCUCUUAAGGGUGGAAGUUCCACUGUCUGUAAGAUAUCCAUAAGAAUGCUGUUUGCUGCAGUUCUGUGUUUGGAUGCUUUUUAUAAGACUUGUCAAUGUAGGAAAUUCUUAAAUAAAACUGAUUUAAGUAA